UCCUCUCCUUCCAGCAGCUUCCUGUAGGUGGAGAUCUCGAUGUCCAGGGCCAGCUUGACAUUCAUCAGCUCCUGGUACUCUCUGAGCUGGUGAGCCAUGUCUUGCUUGGCCCUCUGCAGAGCCAGCUCCAGGUCCCUGAUGCGAGCCUUGGCAUCCUGCACGGCCCCCUCCCCACGCUGCUCCGCUUCCAGUACCUGGGCCUCAAGGCUGGUACGCUGAAAAACGUGCAGCAAUUGGCGGCGUAAGCAUUCAAUAAGAUUUUUAAUUGAUGUCAUUGAAGCUUAUAGGCUAUUAGACAACCUGCCUCAUAAUAAUCAGGAGAGUUUAACACUGUCUGAGAGGAGGAGUAAUGUUGGAAAGUGUUGCUUUUGCUUCAUGUGAUAUAGUUAAUUUUUGCAUUCCUCUUUCCACCUGAUUCUUCACUUCACUCACCUGUGUCACUGCAGCCUGAAUCUCAUUCUGCAGGCGGCUGAUCAUUCGUUUGAGCUCAGAAAUUUCCCCCUUGGUGUUGCGCAGCUCACUGCCAUACUGGUCUGCCUGAGCAGUCAUCUGGUCAAACUGGUGCCGGCAGAAAUGAAGCAGAGGAACAAACAUGCGCUCGGGUGAUGUAUUUUAGGUCUUCACCUUCUUCCUGUGCCAGCAUUCAGCUUCUUCACGGCUACGGGCGGCAAUGUCCUCAUACUGAGCCUUAACCUCAGACACGAUCCGAUCCAUGUUCAGGCCACGGGAGUUGUCCAUCUGCACCACCACAGAGGUCUCCUUCAGGCUGUCCUGCAGCUCACACAGCUCCUUUAUUAAAACAACGCACACAGCAGCAGUAAAUAGACAAAAUCCAGAAUGCAAAACAAGCUCACAUGCUUUAUAUUGUAUAUACAUUCUUUGAUUUGAUAUCUGAAGACUUUCAAUCGAUGAUUAUGUACCAAAUUGUACAGAGCCUUGAGGAAGUUGAAUUCAUCACCGAUGGACGACACCUUGUCCUCCAGAUCCAUCCUGGAAAGAUAGCCUGCGUCCACAUCCUGCAGGCAGUCAGUGUAAAAACAGCAACCUUUUCUCAGUGCUUAAACUUUUGGGACAUUUGACAGACACAGUUACAUUUCAUGUGAAUUGCUUUCAAACGCUUGGAAGACGAUGUUUCAUCUUGAUUGUAUUAACAGAUAGCAGUUUUGUAGCCCAACAAGGAAGUUUAUUAGUGGAGAAAUUGCUUGUAAAACUGAAUGUAAUGAGAGUUAAUAGAAAGUCUUCAGAGCUUAAUCUGUUUAGUAUCUAUCGUAGCCAUCAUGACUGCAUACUCUACCUUCUUGAGCACAACAAACUCGUUCUCUACUUCAUUCCUCUUGAUGAUCUCAUGCUCAUACCUGAAACAGUCCGGAAAUAUCUGAUUACUCAUGCAGAUUUUAUAAGUAUGCAUUUAAAAUACCAUGUGUACGAGAGUCUGGCUCACAGGCUUAAUAGUGGUUCAGCUCCUGUUACAGAAAUGCCUUACUUUGUCUUGUACUCUUGUACAUUUUUGUGCAUGGCAUCAUUCUCCACAUCCAGUCUGUGUCUGUCAUUGUCCAGAGACUCCAGCUGUCUUUGCAGGCUGGCGAUGUAUGUCUUCAGCAUGGGCUCAAUGUUGGAGGAGGCGGCGGUCUGUCCCUCCAGCAGCUUCCACUUGGUUUCCAGCAUUUUGUUCUGCUGCUCCAGGAAUCUUACCUGCGGCACAAGGAGGAAGGAACAACCACAUCAAACGGAUUCUAACGUCAUUUAUAGAUGUCGUCAUGGACGGUGGGGUCAAUGUCUACGUUCAGUGGGGUGAGCAAGCUCUUGUUGAUGGUCACUGCUGUAAUCGGGGCCGCUUGGAAAGACCCAGUGCUCAUCCUGGGGAUGGAGUAGGAUCCCAUGGACAUGCUAGUGAAGCCCCCUGCCGACAUGCGCAGUCCUGGCCUGCUGCUGCGCUUGCUUCUCAGACUCAUGGUCGUGCUGCGUGGAGAUCUCACUGCAGGAAUGGAUGAAGAGACUGAUUGUGCAAUCAUCGCCUCCCUUUAAAAAAACAACUACAGAGAAAUAAAUGUCUUGUACAACCAGGAUUAAGUUCAUUCUGGAGGUUUGUCCUGAAGCUGUGUCAUCUACACAACACUACUCUCUUCUCUUGUCAGGUAUGAAGAUUGCUUCGUUUAACGUCCAGAGGUUUGGCCUCAUGAAAGUCUCAGAUCCAGAUGUCGUGUCAACUCUGGUUAAGAUUGUGUCCCGAUAUGACAUCAUCUUGAUUCUGGAGGUGGUGGAUGUGAGCGGAGAGUCUGUUAAGCUCCUCAUGAAAGAACUGAACAGCGUCAACGCAGAACAUCACUACGCUCUGCAGCUCAGUAGCCGCCUGGGAAGGAACAGAUACAAGGAACAGUUUUUGUUUUUUUACAGGGAUGAUGUCGUCGACCUGAUUGACUGCUAUCAAUAUGAAGAUAACCAAGUGAACGACGUGGAUGCUUUCGCGAGGGAACCAUAUAUUCUCCGCUUCAAACCCCACAACACCGUGCUGAAGGACAUAGUGCUGAUCCCGGUCCACACCACACCGCGGGACUCAGAGAAAGAACUGGAUGAGCUGUAUGAUGUCUUCCUGGCGGUCAAAGACAAGUGGAAAACUGACAACGUAAUGAUCCUGGGGGAUUUCAACGCAGAUGGUGCGUAUGUCACCCAUAAGGAAAUGAAGGAGAUCCGCAUUCGCAGCAACAAGAAUUUUCACUGGCUGAUUGGUGAUGAUGUGGACACCACUGCAAAUACAUCAAACGACCACACAUACGACCGGAUUGUUGUGUAUGGAGAAGAUGUGCUGGCAGCCAUCGUGCCAAAUUCAGCCAAGCCGUUCAAUUUCCAGGAGGAGUUUGCCAUGUCAGAAGAAAGGGCCCUGAGAGUGAGCGACCACUAUCCUGUUGAGGUAGAAUUACGUAAAGCUCUUCCUUUCUGGAAGGCGAAGAGCUGCCAAAGACGUGACAGCGCUGACACAGAGGAAGCAUCAGGUGACAUAGCUGUCACAGAGAGUUUGCAGGCUGAUGUGAUGAAACUGCAGAAGGAAAACCUCUUGCUGGAGCGAGAAAAGCUUAAUCUCCAGAUCUCCUUUUUAAAACAGCGGCUGGCCAAACUCAAACUGAAGGAAUGACGUGGAAGAUCUCAAACACUGUUGCUCUGGCUAAGCUGUUUUUCUUUUCCACAUCAUUUGUGUGAUUUAGGAUGUAUGCUGCAAAUGAAUAAAUCACGGUUACAUGCACAUGUGAUACCCUUUUAUUGUUAUUUAAUAAAGUAAGUAGCACUGAUAUGAAACAGCAUUGUGUAUGGGUGUUUGGCUGACCCCAGAACAAGCUGGGGCAGAAUAUGUCGUCUGUUGGUCAUCCAGUGGAAUGAAAUUUACUAUUAAUGUAUCAUUUCGAGUUCUGUGAGCUUUGACGAAACCCAAAUAAAAAAUAACCCUAGCA